UGCGUCACUUCCGGGACGCUUCCUUCGCGGAGCCUUGUGGGUAGCCGGCCGGGGUCUCCUGGCGACGACGAUGGCGGGGGAUGUGGGUGGUCGCAGCUGCACGGAUUCGGAGCUGCUGCUGCACCCGGAGCUGCUGUCCCAGGAGUUCCUUCUCCUCACCCUGGAGCAGAAGAACAUAGCUGUUGAAAAUGACAUAAGAAUAAGCAAAGACAAUCUUACUGAUCUUUAUGUUCAGCAUGCAAUUCCGUUGCCUCAGAGAGAUUUGCCAAAGAACAGAUGGGGGAAAAUGAUGGAAAAGAAAAGAGAGCAACAUGAGGUGAAAAGUGAGACUAAAAGGGGCGGCACUGUGGAUGGGUUGAGGAAAAGACCCCUCAUUGUGUUUGAUGGAAGUUCAACAAGGACAAGCAUCAAAGUGAAAAAGACAGAGAAUGGAGAUAAUGAUCGACUCAAGCCUCCCCCUCAGGCAAGCUUGACCAGUAAUGUCUUUCGAAAAUUAUCAAAUUCGUCUUCAAGUGUUUCACCCCUCACUUUGUCUUCCACUUUGCCUGUGAACAAUACAACGGAACAUAGUAAUAAUGACUCUAAGCAGAACCAUGACUUAACUCAUAGGAAAAGUCCUUUGGGUCCUUCAAAGUCCCCACCUUUGUCCCCUGUUGGAACUACUCCAGUGAAGUUAAAGCGAGCCGCUCCUAAAGAGGAAGCUGAAGCCCCGAAUAACCUGAAGCCCCCAGAAGCAAAGAGGAAGAUACAACAUGUUACGUGGCCGUGAAGGAAAGUUUCCAAAAAUGUAAAUAUAACUGUAACUGUAGUUUUCCAAGCAAGUUCACAUCUAUUGACAGUAUUUACAGAGAUCCUGAUUAUUGUGGAAUUUUCUGAAGAGGUUUCAAAUUAGGUUUGAGAAAGUAGUCUUUCCUUUUCCCUUCCCCCAUCCCUCCCUUCUUUUUUUUUUUUUUUUAAUUUGCCUUUUCUCUGAUUUAGAAGGAAUUUCUUUUUAAACAAAUGGCUUAGUGUAAGUCAUUUAUAGUGAUCCUAGUCAUUAGCUGUAAGUCUGGUAUGAAGCAUCUGAUGAAUUUUAUGAAUUAUUCUCAGCCUGUUUUAGUCUUUGGGGAAAUUUGAGAUUUUAUUUAAACUCAAAUAUUUUAGAAGUUCACAAUUUUUAUUUCUUUUCCCUCGCAAAAGAAUUGAACAGUUUAUCCCGGUAUUUUAAUAAAUACUGCCAAACUCCUCCUCGAGGUUCACCAAGAAAAAGAGUAUUUGUAGUGCUGCCAAUAAAUUCAGAACAUACAGAUGAAACUGCUGUUCUUCAAGUGCUUACAUUGCUUUUUCCCAGAAAAACCAAAAGGUACAUCAGUGCUUGCUGUUGCUCCUUCCCGUGCAGUCAUAACGGAAUCGGUCUGUUAGGCGCUGACUGGUCGUUCUCACAGCUGGUCCGCCCUUUCAGAUGUCUGGGCUGUGCAGCAGCCCUGCCUACUGUUUUCGUGAGUGGUCCGUGCUCCCACUCUGAGCGCAAGGAUCACUCCUGCCCAGGUGCUGCAGCUUUUCAAAAAGAAGCCGGCUAUAAAACCUCAGGUGUGGUCGUGUUCAGGGUGGCGCCUGAUGGCAGAUGGUUUAGAGACUAGGAAGGAGGUGAUGGAAUCUGAGAACUUUAGAGAGUCCAGGAAGGGUAAUGGUGAGCGGCAAGCUUAGUGUAAUCUGGUAGGCAGGCGAGGAGAAGAUACUGAAGCCUCAAGUCACCCCAGAAUGACAGCAUUGGAGCCGAGUACCAGCUGGACAGGGCUCCCCGCUGGGAUGGCAGGGACAGCUCCGUAGGACAAACAGUUAUCCACUGAGGUCGAGUGGUGUGACCAACCCAUCAGUGGGAAAGUAGGGUAUACCUUAGAGCCGUGAGUUCUCGCGUCCACAUUUUUGCCUUGUAUUUCUAACCAAGUGCAGAGGAUACUUCAUCCUUUAGGUGACAGAUCUUCAAAUGGGGGUUCGCCUCUACCUUUGACAGCAGUCUCCUUCCUCUUUUGAUUUGUUAAAACAAGUAUUUUAGUUCAGCUAUUAAAUAGCCUUACAAAAAAUUCAUUCAGCCUUGCAGGUACGUAUGGUACUAAAACUUUAACCCUCCAGUUUUUAGCCAUUCUGCCUUUAUCCAGUCGAUAAAUCUAUACAUACAAGAGAGAAUUGGUACGUAUGAUGUGUUGCAUAAAUAAUUGACGUGAUGGUGAAUUGGUUAACUAUAAAGGUAUCUGCAGGGCUGAUACGUGUAAUAUUGUUGAAGGACAACUGUAACCUUCUACAUAACUGUAAAGGGAGAUUUUAACAGUGCAGAAAAUAGGGUAGAAUGACAAAUUAGAUUUUAUAUCCAGUUGUCCCUUCUGCUUCCAUCUGCAUUUCUCUCGUAGUUAAGAGAGAGUUAGCCAUUUGACAGUUUUAAGUCAGUGGAAACUUAGUUUUAGUUACUCAAAAAAAAUUAAUUUCUAAUUUGUAUAUUUAACUUACAGAGUAGGUUGGUAACAACAGCUGAACUGUGUAACGUUGCUUCAAAUUGAAGUUUAUAUUAUGAACAUUCAGAAUCAAUGCUCCUAUAGCAGCAUAUUAUUGAGCUAUUUUGAGUUUGAAAUGUGGAGAAGUGCGAAACCACGGACCAUAUAUUACCUAAUCCCGACGUCUCAAAGCGCGGUGCCUUCUCAAGGUGUUUACGUACAGCUGGCCUUCAAGUGUCUUCCUCCACGUAACGACGCCUACUGAAUGAUGGGAAUCUGAGGCAGAAGUGUUGGGAAUCUUAGGUUUUGAAGGGUUGCUUUUGUGUGUUUUAAAGCUUACAAGGACUUGAUUUGAGUGGCAAACAGCUUUGGAAUACUCUUGACUCACAAACAUGGUACUAUUGUUACUAAUGAUUUCCUGUUUCAACAGAUCUAGCUUUUUUAAAUUAUUGCGGUAGGCAGACGAAUGGCAUUUGUGCCAGUGAGUGGCUUCCGAGGUGUAGUCACGGGCACUUUACCACUUCCUGCCACUGGCAGGGGAUCUCGCUCUUUUCUUUCCCUACUUCUGUGUUCCCCGUUUCUUUUUUCAUACUCUCCUUUCCCAUAUUUGAACUUCCUUUGCCUCCAUUUUCCAUCCUCCAUUCUGCAGAGCCUAAGCGGCAGGCUUAGGUUUGCAGGUCAUAGGGCUUGACCCCACACAUUUCUUGAGGAGUGCAGAGAGGAUGGACCCUGGCCCUCUUAGAUUUGAGGGAUCAUAGACCGCCAUGUGAAUUCUGGAAAUCUCAAGCCCCUGCAGCACCAAAGGCCCUAAAUUGCUUCCCAGUGGCUGGCAAGGCAAUACAGUUUACCAAAAUAGCUUUAUGAAUCUAGACAGCUACCAGGCACUUUGGAAAGUAGGUUCAACUACCACUAUGAGGCCAUAAUAUUUUUGCUAGUAUUAAAAUUCCUCAGAAUUAUUAUUUGAAAUAAUAGUUUGGUUGAUUUAGUUUUGAGAGAGGAUUCUAAAACUGGUCUAGAGACUCAUUCAAUAGCAAUGAUCUUUUGAAAACUUACAUUAAGUAAAACUGCCAGUAGAUUAAAUCAUACAUGUGUAAGAGCUUCCUCUAUUUACUACUGCAGAACUUCAGUAAUUUUUAGAGGUUACAAAAUGGUCAAAAUGUUUUUAAGCGUGCUCUUUUAUUAAAUGCUUGUGCAGGUUUUGUAAUUCAGUACAGAGAGUUUAACCUUGUAAUGUACAUUUUUGUAUGUAAAGGUCUUUUAAGUAGCCAUAUCCUUAUUUAAAUAAACUGAAUAAAAUUAUUGAGUAGGGCUGUCGUUCAUAAAAAAAUAAAGUGGAAAAACAUUC